UCUAGUCCUCGACUUUUUUUCCCCGUUAUCGAAAACAGCCGACGAACGAACAAGAACCCUAGAAUUCAUCCUUCGCCUCCUCCUCUUCCAAAUUUCGUUUUCUUAUCCAGAAAAUUAAUGACUGGAUAGAAGAUUCGCAAUGUACGUUUAGAGAAUCACUCACUCUCCUCUCUCUCUCUCUCUUUCCUCAGUUUCGUAUCUUCUAGAUUUCGUUUUCUCAGGGUUUUACAAUUGUUCCUUCACGCGUAUCAACAAAGUCUCAGCCCAAUUCAAUACUGAAAGAUGUCGUCAUCACCUUUUCCAAUCCUGGACAACCGCCCAAUUGACAAGUGGAAGGUUACCGAGUUGAAGGAAGAGCUCAAAAGACGGAGACUAACCACACAAGGCUUGAAGGUCGAUUUGGUCAGGCGUCUUGAUGACGCCCUUCGUGCUGAGCAGGAAGCGCCUCAAACCCUCGCCAAUCAACAGGCUGAGAUUCCUCAUGCACCUGAUGUUAGUGUUGUUACACCAGAUCCGAUGCCAGCGGCAUUCAGCAUUGACACCACUCCAUCUGAGAUUCAGACAACUCCUGUGGUUAAGACAACAGCUGCGAUUGAGACAACACCACCCCCACCCCCGGUGGUUUCUAAACCAGAGGUUAACGCUAGCGGCCUCGAUGAUGUUAGAGGAGUAGCUGGUCUUGGUGGUUCAGUGGUUGAUGAUGUGAAGGUACAAGAACCUCAGGACGCUGAUGUGAAAGGUGGAGUGGGAUCUGGUGUGACUGCAACUGAUGCAGUAAUUGCUGAUAAGGCCCCCCAACCUACAGAUACGGAGCUUGAAAAAGCUGCUACGUACAACCAGGUAUCAGUUACAGGGUAUGAGGUAAAGUCUGAUUGUAUUUCUACUGAUUCUGUGCCAACUAAUGAAAAAAUGGGUAACGAAAUUGCUGAUGAUGUCAAAUUAGAAACAAAUGUUAAUAAGUCCCAAGAGCCAUCUGCAGUCACUGGUGGUGAAUCCCAUCCGAUGGAUGUGGAGAAGCCACCUGAGCAGAAGAUGUCUGUUGGAGGUGGAGAUGUCAGCGAUGCUGCUGCUAAUGCAGCAGAUGUGACCAAAGGGAAUAAUACUAAUAUUAGCGAUGCAGGCGACUCAGAGAAGUUGAACUUAGAUAGAAGUUCUGGUGAUGAGUCUAUGGAGGAUGAGCCUGAGUCCAAGCAAACCGAAUCAGUUACAUCUCAUGAAGUGGUGGUGGAUAAGUCUGAGAAAAACGAUAUUGUGGAUGAUGCUGGGAAAGGGGAAGCCCUUGAGAAUAAAAGUCACCCACUUGUGGCUUCUGAAAAAAGAAAGCUUCCUGAUAAUGAUCAAGAAGCUGUUGGAAACAAUGAGCCUGUGAAAAGGCAACGCCGAUGGAACUCUGGGAGUGUUAAGGUUCCUGAAGCACAGGCCACUAAUAGCGUGGCGGCACCCGCUACAACACCGAUGUCAACUAGUCUGAAGCGUGACUUCUCCCGUUCUAACUCUUCGGUUAGUGAGGAUGGACCUAAGGAACGCGUGGUUCCUCCAUCAUCGAAGGAGCCUACGGAUUCCCUCAGGAUUGAUCGUUUCCUUAGGCCGUUCACACUGAAAGCUGUUCAAGAGCUUCUGGGUAAAACCGGAAACGUCACUAGUUUCUGGAUGGACAGCAUUAAGACCCACUGCUAUGUAUCAUAUUCUUCUGUUGAAGAAGCGGCAGCAACAAGAGAAGCAGUGUAUAACCUCCAGUGGCCACCUAACGGAGGUCGCCUUCUGACAGCUGACUUUGUUGGAUCAGAAGAAGUGAAGGCGAAACUGGAACCUUCUCCUCCUCCUCCUCCUCAGGCUAAGCCUCAGCCACAGGCUCAGGCUCCUCCUUCACGCCCACCAGCUACUUCUUUGCCACCACCACCGCCUUUGGCCAAAGCACCCCCUGUCAUUGAACGUCUUCCACCUCCUCCUCCUCUAGUUGCUGAGGAACAAGAGGCUCCCAUAGUCACUCUGGAUGAUCUUUUCAAGAAGACGAAAGCUAUCCCCAGGAUAUAUUACUUGCCCUUGUCAGAGGACCAAGUUGCAGCUAAACUUGCAGCUAAUAACAACAAGUGAUCUUGGGGUUUGCUUCUUGUUGGAUUUCAUGUCAUUGUUUUCGUAGCAGGCUCUUAGGGAAUUUAGCUCAUUGCGGACAAAAGUUGAGGACUUGGUUUGCUAUUAUCUAGUGUUAGAACGCAGAAGAAGACUUAUGUUUUUUACUAGAGUUUUGCUUGGAACUUAUUGUGCUUGGACCUCUUUUCUCUCCAUCUUUUUUUUUUUAAUUUUCUUUUCUGGAGCUUUAUAAACAAUUGUUGGUUCAAUAAAUAAGUACGGAAUAUCCAAUACUA